AUGGCUGCCCCGUCGAGCUCCUCGUCGUCCCAGGGAGAAGGAGGGUACUAUUUGAUGGGAUGCCUCAAGGACGUACCAACCCUCAGGGGUGACAACUACACUGAGUGGAGAAAGAAAGUUGACCUGGUCUUUGUUUGUGCUGAGGUGGACUGGGUGGUUGACACUCCACAACCACCAAAGCCUACAGAGCCAGUCAGGGAUGCAAAAGAUGAUGAUGAUGCUUUGAAGAAAAAGAAGAGGAAGUAUGCUCCAUUGGAGAUGUCAUACACCCUCGAGAAUAAAAAGUGGCCCACCACCAAUAAAAAGUGCAUGGCUUUCAUAAAGAACAUAAUUGAGCACGCUAUUGUGGGCUCAGUUGCAGAGUGUGCUUCCGUAGGGAAGUACCUCGAAAAGAUAAAGAGGCAGUUUACUGGUUCUUCAAAGACAUAUGCUACCCAGCUGCUGAAGCAGGUGACAGAAAAUUACAUAGGAGGGGGACAUGGCAUAAGAGAGCAUAUACUUAGGAUGAGCAACAUGGCUUUUAAGUUGAACUCAUGGAUGCUGAUCUAG